CUCGUCAAUACAUGUAUUUACUUUCAGCUCACUAAAACACACCUACGUAGUGGUUAACUCGUUAUACCUGAAAAGAAGGCCAUAUAAUGACUACCCUGAGGCAUCCCUUCGUCCAAGCGAUAUGUCCUGGUUAUCCACUAGUUCACAAAAGUAUGCUCUCCGCCACCACUAGGUUUUUGCAACCUAGAAAAGGUUUGCGAUUUUUCUGUGCCACAUACAACCGGCAGUGUGCCAAACAGGCGACCGCUUCAGAAAGCCUGGAAGACUAUGGCGGCUUACGAACCCCAACCACGGUACGGUUAUGGCGUAUGAGAAAUGAGGCCGGAGAUUCCGAACGUUCCGGCAAAUUUGAGUUGCUUUUGCCCUUCGGAUCGAAUGAAACGUUCAGGGCUGCAUACGAGAGCUUCGACGGUGGAAUGCGCUUCGGAAAGUUAAUGGAGGAUUUGGACGCGGCAUCCGGGAACGUCGCGGCUGAAUACUGCAAAGAGUACAAUAUUAAGCACGCAUUUAGAGGAAGACAAUGA